CAAUCAAAUUGACAAGUGAAUAAUGAAAACAGCUGUGAAAUAAACGAAAAAUUCACAAAAAAACUAUGUAAAACCACUUCUUUUAGGAUAUAAAUAUAAGUUUAACUUGCAAUCACAAUUGCCAACAAUUUUUGAUCAACAAAAGUUGUUAUUGUUAUAUUUCUUUGUUGUGAAAGUUAGGUUAUGUGUUGUUGUUAUGACUCAAGGUGAUUCCGUGAGAUGAUUUGAGUUUUUAACGUCGAGCCUUCCAGUAGCCUGCCUUAUAUGGGUUGAAAAGGUCUUAUUAUUGUGCCAGAUAUCCAGAAUCAGUUGAUAUUAUAUUUCCAAGAUGAGCGAACGUGAAGGGCCGAGCAGUUCAGGCUCGCAAGGAAUGGACAAAGGAGAAAAUAAUACUAGGACCCCAUCUGCUGCGCAGCCUAUGCCUACUGGAUCCAGUGCCCACAGCUACUAUGCCAGUGAGCCAAUCCAGUUCCGAGUGCGGGGCUCCACGAUAACAGGAGCGUCUCCUCCCAAGUUUGUGACUCUCGAGGACAUCAUGAAGGCCGCACACGGCAUGCAGAACAUGGCGCUAGCACAUGAGAUAGCAGUCGACAAUGACUUCAAACUGGAGCCUUUUGAACCGCCAGACAAUAGUUACCAAAAACUGGUAAAAGAAACCAUGCACAAGGCUUACUUUGACAUCCUGAGGGAACAGCUGGAGUCUGACCCUCCGGAAUACAAGCAAGCUCUGGUUCUGCUGGAAGAUGUCAAGCAGGGUCUAUUCUCUAUACUGCUUCCUCGCCACACUCGCAUCAGGGAAAUGAUAGAAGAAGUGCUAGACACUGAGUUCAUCAAGCAACAGGCGGAGAAUAACAGCCUGGACUUCCACAAGUACGCCAAGUUUGUCAUAGACCUGAUGGCCAAGUUGGCAGCCCCAGCAAGAGAUGAAAUGAUCCAGAAUAUUACUACUCUAACUGACACUGUGGACAUAUUCCGAGCUAUACUGGAGACUUUAGAGGUGCUGAAGUUGGACUUGGCCAACACUUUGAUCGCCAUGAUACGGCCGCACGUUCAGAAGGAGAGCGUGCACUACGAGAGAGUCAAGUUCGAUGAGAUGUUGAAGGUUUCUGAAGAUGGACUACAGCAUACAAAGGAAUGGCUGAAACGUAACAUAGACAAGACGGGGCUAAGCCUGCCGGUCACAGAUCAGAACAUCAUCAGAAACGUCACAGCGCAGACAUUGGCUAAAGCAUACUUGGAAUUGCUUGAGUGGGACGGCUCUAAGGAGUAUCCUGAGACAGUCUCACUAGACGCUCCUCGCUUCGUCGAGCUCGGCACCCAAGUGUACCGGCUCAUCUGCCUCGCGUCUCUCAUGCUGGCCAGCCCGCGCUGCGGCGAGCCGACGCAGCAGGCGCACAGGAAAGCGCUUACAGAGAAGAUCUCUAUCAUCAUGGACACCGCCGCCAGCGACAUGUGA